AUGUUGCACCAGGUGCUCCGGUUGCGGCCUGGGAGUGGCAAAUUCACUGCUCCUGUUUGUUCAUCUUGGGUGUUCCUGUCGAGAGGCAGUACGGGUCGCACUUCCGAGAGACCGUUGGGAAGGCGAGAACUUAAGUCCGUGGAGGACGCCAACAUCAUGGUGGCCCGUGUCAUCAUUCUCCUACUGCUCUGCGAAUCUCGCAAAGUUUGGUGGAUGCUGGAGCAACCGGUGAAUUCAUUGCUGGAGAGACAUCCACUGUUUCAGGCGUUCCUCCGCUUUCCAUCUAUCCACGUGCGCAGGCUCACCACAUCCAUGGGUUGGUUCGGCGGCAAAACGAGGAAGCCUACAUGGGUGUACAGCAGCCAUCCGGAGGUGUCCGAAAUCAAUGACUUUGCGGAUCGCUCCCUCGUCCCGGAGAACAGUGCUGAGAUGGUGGUUCACUACGUGGACGGUUCUGGGAAAAAGCGUAUCAAGGGUGGCGGAGACUUGAAGGCUUCACAAGCCUAUCCGACAAGGUUCGGCAGAGCUGUGAGCAAGGUGCGAUCCAUGCACGCUGCGAAGCACCGCACUCAAGCUGCAAGGUUCCUGAGAGCGGCCAAGAACACGGCCAAUCGAGCGAAUUGUUCAGCUGCUGUGAAUGCCAAAUGGACAAAGAUGGCCAACUUAGAGCCAAUCCUCGAUUUUUUUGGCCAAGUAGCUAGCUUUUAG